GCCACCAUGAACGACGAUAUAUCAGAUGCGGUAAAAUAUGGCGAUUUUGAAGUAUUUAGUGGGGAUAAUUAUGAAGCCCUCCUGCCAGAAUUAAAAUUAGAAGGUUUUGAUUCUGAUUUUGACAAUUUUCUAUCCGAAAUGGUCGUUUCGGACUUCGAUAUAACAUUAACCCAACAGGCAUUUGCCGAUUUGAAAAAAUCCGAUGAUCCCGGGUUGCCAGCCCCAGAAACGCCAACAAGUACUCGUUUUGCCAAGCUUUCCGACGACGAAAUUAAAGGAUUUCAGGAACUCACACAAUCAAAGGCUACAAAACAAAGCACCAAAUGGGGUUUAAAGAUUCUUACAGAUUGGCAUAUUGAAACGUUUGGAGUCCCUCUAGAUCUGGCUGAGAUUUGCGAGGAGGAUCUGGCGAAAAAACUCAGUCGCUUUUACUGUGAAGCAAAACCCCAAAACCCGAAAAAGGAGCAUACCUCCGAAUAUCAUAAAAAUACCAUGAAAGCAAUCAGAGCCGCCAUAAACAGGCAUUUAUCCGACAUCGGUCGAAAUAUAGACAUUGUAAACGAUAAAGCAUUCAAAACUGCAAAUAAAAGUUUGACCGGUCUCAUGAAGCAUAGAAUGGUCACUGGAACUUCUCGCCCUACAACUCAUAAGGAGAUCAUUCACAAAUCAGAUUUACAGAAAAUUUCUGCUUACCUGGAGAGUGCAUAUUCUUCUCCAGUCAAUCUGCGACUUGCAAUGUGGUACAUCAUCGCGAUACAUUUUGUGUCUCGUGGUCUUGAAUUCCAUCAUCAGCUUCGGGUAGAUUCCUUCGAUUUCAAAGUUGACGAAGAAGGCUCCAUAUAUGCUUGUUUGAAGCAUGAAACAAAACAAAAAAACUAUCAAGGUGGCAUUCACAAACUUGAAGCACUGAACGACAAAAGAAUGUAUGAAACUGGAAACGAAACUUGUCCUGUGAAGAUGUUGAAGUUCUUCUUGUCUAAAACGGACCCAAAUGCGGCUCAUCUUUUCAAUAAAUGCGUUACAGAUGCCAUUUCUUUCCCGAAAGAUUGCAACAUAUGGCCGCCGGGUGCAAACGUUACACAGCUCACUGUCUAA